GUCUCGCGAGAUUUCACUGAGGAUAAACAUGGCUGCGCCCAUGACAAGUACAGGUGAAAGUGACACAGACGUUAAUGUCGAUGAGGAGAAGUCCGUAUACAUCCAAGCGUUGUAUAGUGUGGGAGUGACAGCUGCAACAUACCCACUUACAUAUGCUAAAGUUCUAGUUCAGAUUGGACAUGAGCCUAUUGCUCCGCAUCGUACAAGGACCAUUUUUGGACGAGAUGGUCUGGCACUUCCUAAUGUCUUCAAAUAUGUUGGACACAUCAGGCGGGUUGAUGGAUACUUUGGUUUAUAUCGUGGGAUCACCUAUAAAAUCGCCUCCAAUUUUGUUGGCAACGUGGCUGUGAACCAUGUUAUGCAGAAAAUGAAAGCAUCCAGUGUGUGGAGCAGAAACAAACUCGGGAGUGAGCUGGAUGGUGACAAAGAUGCCGAGGACAAUAGUUUUCAGGAUUUUCUUAAAGAAACUGCAAUGCAAUCGACAGCGCAGGGAAUUGCUGUGAUAGUGUCACAUCCAUUCCAUGUGAUGGCAAUUCGAUCCAUGGCACAGUUUGUUGGUUGUGAAGAUGCAUACAGUGGGUGGUUUUCAGCUAUAGGAGAAAUAUUUGACCGUGACGGCAUACUGGGAUUUUUUGCGGGUUUGGCACCGCGGUUGAUCGGGGAGCUUCUGACACUGUGGAUUGCCAACACCAUCACUCACAUUCUCAACAACUUCAUUAUAGAGGACGUCGAAGCAAAACAGUACACUGGAGCAGUAGUGAAUCUGUUGGCAGGGACACUGACCUACCCAUUCUCUGUCGUGUCGGCAGUAAUGGUUGUCACUCACUCUGGUCUAGCGGCGGGAAGUCCACCCAACAUGUUGCACUUUAGAAACUGGAUUCACUGCUGGAGACAUCUAAGCAGAGAGAAUGCGUUAAAGAGAGGCUCAAGCAUGCUUUUUCGUUACUACACACCACCGGUUAUAAUGGCAGUCGAGGAGCCUAUAGGAUCCAAGGUAGCCACGGAUUCAUUACUUGUUACGCCGACACCCCUGCCUCCUCCGCCGCCUCUGGAACAUCAGUGGAAGUACAACUAAAUCUGUGAGCUUGGAGUGUGUGCCUAUAGAAGGCACACAACCUCCAUUACACAGUAUGUCCCUGGAAACAGGGACUUGCAUGAGGAUGCAUUGAUUAUGCCCUCACAGUAAAAUUGCUAGUUAAGAUUUAAUAUGCAUUUUUGAUUGCAUGCGAGUAGUUAAUGCAUAAACACAUAGUAAACUAUAGAGACAGUGUAGGUGUCGAGUGAACCUUACUAAACAAAGUAGUUGAAGAAUUCAGAUGUUUCCCUAUUUCAUUUACCAUUAAUUUAUCUGGAGGUUUACAUGCAGAACACGUCUGCUCGGUAGUAGUUCUGUAAGUGUGAUCUAGAGUUUUUCCUCAUGAUCUUUACUGUAAACACAACUGCAGAGACUGUGUUUGCUAGUUUCACAAUUCGUUGAGCUAUUUCCUUUUUCUGAUAGUUAAGUUUCAAUGGUAUCGAUCUGGGUAUUUACUGUGUUAUUGUUAUUUUCUUGAGCUCUGUAACAAUAAUUGCAUUUACUUAAUGUUAGAUCAGCUGACGCGAGAGAUAGGAUUAAUGUAAAUAACUAAUCUAAUAAAUAUUGGUGUUAUAAAUCA